AUGUCUCUUCUUCUUGGGGGCAUUUUUUACCUUGCGUCUUUCGUGCCGCGCGUGUUGGAUCCGUCCUCUCCGGGUAGCAGCAGCGGCGAGCCAGAUGUUGGAGGGCAAUCCUUCGACUACAUCAUCGUUGGUGGCGGGUUGACAGGCCUGACAGUUGCCAACCGCCUCAGCGAAGAUUCAAGCCGUACUGUUCUCGUUAUCGAAAAUGGAUAUGUCGUCGACGAUGUGACCACUCAAGUACCUAGCUUUGCCAACAGUGUCAACGCAAAUCUCAUGUACGACAUCACGUCUGCAUAUGACACAAACACAGGCGGUACACAUCCUGUCUGGGUGGGUAAUGUUGUUGGUGGUGGAUCUGUAGUCAACGGUAUGGCCUUUGACCGAGCAUCUGCUGCCGACUACAAUGCGUGGGAGCAACUUGGUAACGCCGGCUGGAACUUCAACAGCCUCUUGUACUACUUCAAGAAGUCGACCACAUUCACGCCACCAACCUCAACCAACGUGAAGAGCUUUGGCACUACGUAUGACGCAUCCUAUUACGGCACCAACGGGCCGAUACAAGCAUCGUUCCCAAACUUCGAGUACGAAGACACAAAGACCAUCUGGGCAGCAUACAAGCAAUCAGGCGUGCCUUUGCCCAGAGAGCAUGCUGCGGGGCGGGCAGUGGGUGCUUUCUGGAUACCCACAGCUCUGCGACCAAAGACUCAGACACGAUCCCAUGCGAAGAACGAGUACUACGACCCUGUCAAGACCCGCAGCAACCUUGUACUCGUCACCGGAAAGACUGUCAACGAGGUCCUCUUCGACAAGAAGUUACUUACUGGAUACACAGCCAAUGGUGUCCAAUUUAAAUCGCGAUCGGAUGGCUCGGUCAAGCAGGUCUAUGCGAAGCGCGAGGUCAUCAUGGCUGCUGGCUCAAUCUUCACACCACAGAUCCUUCAGCUCAGCGGCAUUGGACCAAGCAGCGUACUUAAAGCUGCGGGCAUCAAUGUGAAGAAGAACAUGCCUGCUGUUGGCGCCAAUAUGCAAGACCACCCUAAUGCGAACAUGGUGUUCGACCUCAAGAACCUGGCUUUCCCCAACAUCUACAGCGGCGCAGACCCCACUUAUAACGCUACAGUAUGGUCAGAGUACGAUACUAGCAGGAGCGGUCCCCUCACGCAAGCCCAUGGCAGCAGCCUAGCCUUCCUCAGUCUGCAGACAGUAUGCGACAACUGGAACCAGAUUGUGCAGACUGUCAAGUCACAGAACGUCCGUAGCUACCUUCCUGCAGUGUAUGACGACUCCUCUCUGCUACGCGGCUUCACCAAGCAACGCGACAUCAUCGCUGGUCUCCAUAGUAGCGCCGACGCCGCUGUUGGCGAGUUCCCCAUGGUACCCUUCGGUCUCGCCAUCAGCUCCCUGCAACGCCCCCUCUCUCGCGGCACCGUCACCAUCAACCCAAGCAACAAAUACGGCAACCCCGUUGUCCAGUUCAACGCCCUUCAAAACCCCGUCGAUCGUCAGAUCAUCGCCGGAAUGGUCCGAUGGACGCGCAAGCACUGGGCAAACCCUGAGCUCAAGAAGUUCUCUCCCGUCGAGCUCACGCCCGGCACCCAGGCGCAGACGGACGAUGAGAUCAUCAAUGACCUUGUUCAGCAAAAGGCUCUCCAGGCUUCUUUCGCACACAUGUCUGGUAGCUGCGCAAUGAUGCCGGAGUCUUUGGGCGGGUGCGUUGGCAGCGACCUGACUGUGCAUGGUGUGAAGGGCCUCAGCAUCGUUGACGCAAGUAUCAUCCCAUUGAUCCCCGCGACACACUUACAAGCGACCAUGUACGCUGUCGCAGAGAAGGGAGCUGAUUUGAUCAAAGCCCGUAACGCUUUCGAUAUUCUCAAUCCUUUUGGUCUUCCUACUUUCAGAAGUUUCUUUCGAUGGUAG